AUGAAUCACAGGCGCUUCUCUUCCACUCCUGCCACUGUGGAAGAUAAGAUGAACGCCGCUGAAUCCAAAGGGAAGCACAGCCCCUCCUCCACCUCCCUUGCAAGAGCCCUCGCUUGUCUUCCGGAAGACGAGUCCCCGACAGAGAAGGAGUUGACCCGGAUGGAAGUCAAAAGGUCCCUCGAGAACCGGAUCAAGAAGCGGGUGAAGGACCAGUUCUCCAGAGGGAAAUUCCACAAUCUCAUGGAUGCAGUGAUCGUCAACGGGGACACCCUCCGGGAUGCGUACGACAUCAUCAGGCUGGACUCGAACGUUGACCUCUCAUCUUCAGGGGACGACAGCCUCUGCUUCCUCUCCAUCGCCGGCGAGCUCGCCGCCGGCGGCGGCUUCGACGUGAGGGUCAACACCACGUCAAUCCUCGCGAAGAACGGCGGCGGGCGGCUGGUUCUCCCCAACCUGAAGCUGAGGAUUAUCCAGGAGGCUGUGAGAGUCGCUCUGGAAGUUGUCUACCGCCCUCACUUCUCCAAGCUCUCCCAUGGCGGUCGGAGCGGGAGAGGACACAGGUCCGCCCUGAGGUACGUCUCUCGGGAGGUCGGCGGCGACAUAGACUGGUGGUUCACGCUUCCCAUGAAUGCACUGGCCGACAUUAAUAUCGUCUCCAAGCUGAUCUCCAUGAUGGAGGAGAAGAUCGAAGAUGCCCACCUGUUCUUCUUCAUCCGCGAGCUGUUCCAGGCGGAGGUCCUCAAUCUGAGUUUCGGGGGGUUCCCAAAAGGCCAUGGCCUCCCUCAGGAGGGGGCUCUCUCUCCUAUCCUGAUGAACAUCUACCUCGACGCGCUGGACCAGGAGCUGCUUAGAAUCUCCAUGAGGUACGAAUGCCUCGGUGAUGAUCCCUCUUCUGGUCCGCAGGACGGGCGGCGCUCCAAGCUUCGAACUUGGCUCCGGCGGCGCAUCACCGGCGGCAGCGGUGACGGAGGGGAGGAGACGGCGGCGAGGUUUCAUGCCUGCAGGUUCAUGGACGAGGUGUUCAUCGCCAUCCGAGGCACCAGAGAUUCAGCAUGCAGCCUCAGGGACGAGAUCCUGGAGUUCCUGAGGAGCUCCCUGUUCAUCGAACCUGGCCACCUCGUGGAGGUUCUGUCAGUGGAAGCCUGCCCACAAGGUCUGCAAUUUCUCGGCAUGGCCCUCCGCGUCGUCACCGGCGGCGGUGGCGGCGGCGGCAGCGGCGGUGGUGGACCUGAGAGAACCAGAGCUGUUCAUAAGCUCAGGGACAAGGUCCGAUCCUUCGCCUACCACAAGAAGGAUUCUUGGGAGGCCCUCACAGCUCGGCUGGGGAAGAAGUGUCUGGCCCACGGCCUGAAGAAGCUCAAGGAGUCGGAGAUUCGACCGUUGCGGCGGAGCACCCCGGUUUUGGACCAGAUCUCCCGCUUCCGCAAGGAGGGAAUGAAGACUGACCACUGGUUCAAGACCCUUCUGAAGGUAUGGCUGCAGGAUGUUGGCGGCGCCGCGGAGGCCGACGAAGAAGCCGUCUUGCGCAAGCUCUUCGCCGAGCAGGCCCUGCCGGAGGACCUCCGAGAGGCUUUCCUCAGCUUCCAGUUGCAGGUGGAAGGGUACCUCCUCGCGGAGAACGUCUCAACGCAGGAGCUGCUCUCGGAGAUGAGGAAGGAAUAUGGUGGUGGCGGCGCCGCCGGCGAUAGGAGCAAGAUGGUGGUGGCGGUGGAGGCGCCGAUGAGGUUCAUCGAGCGGCGGCUCCUCCGCUACGGCCUGGUGGACCGACGAGGAAACCCGAGGUGCGUGCACGAGCUCGUACUGCAGGACGACGCCCUGAUCGUGAGCUGGUUCGCCGGGCUGGCGCGGCGGUGGCUUCGGUGGUUCGCCGACGCCGCCAACUUCCGGCAGGUCGAGGCGACGGUGGCCGGCCGCCUCCGCCGGUCCUGCGUCCGCACCCUCGCCGUGAAACACCGGAUGGCGGAGAACGUGGCGGAGAGGAGGUUUGCAGAGGAGCUGACAGCGACCCCUCUUGCCGGGGGAGAUUCCAGCUCCGGCGACCUUCUCGCCGGAGGAGAUUCCGGUUCAGGCGAUCUGCUCACCGGAGAAGACGAGGCGUUGACCUACGGCGUGGCCUACGGCGGGCUCUGCGCGCUGACUCUAGAGAGGGUGGCGGUGCCGUGCCGGCGGCUGCGGUGCUCCGUCGUGGGGUGCUCGGAGGGGUCCCCGGCGAUCUACGCCCUGCGGGUGAAGGAGAGGCAGAGCUUCCCGGGGUGGAAGACGGGGUUCUCGCCGGCGAUCUUCUUAGGGCUGACGGGGAGGAGGGUCGCCCUCUGCAGACGCCAUGUGGAGGAUAUCUACUUGGGCCUCAUAUCCCUUCGGGCCGUUGACUUCGGGUCCCUAAAUUGA